AAAGUAUUUGAUUCAGUUGCGGUUCAGCCUUUCAAGCGACUGGUUAUUUGUGCGCACCCUAAGUUCGGUAGAAUCACUAAAAUGGCCAAGGAUAAUCUUACAGCUGUGCUGCAUGGCAUUGAGGAUAUGCGAUUGGAACAACGUCCCAUUCCAGAGAUAGCCGAUGAUGAGGUUCUGCUGGCCAUGGACAGUGUCGGCAUUUGCGGCUCUGAUGUGCACUACCUUGCCCACGGACGAAUUGGUGAUUUUGUGUUGACCAAGCCGAUGGUUAUUGGCCAUGAAUCCGCUGGAGUGGUGACCAAGCUGGGCAAGAAGGUGACCACCUUGAAGGUUGGCGACCGUGUGGCCAUCGAGCCUGGAGUACCUUGCCGCUACUGCGCCCACUGCAAAGAGGGCAAGUACAACCUUUGUCCCGGAAUGGUCUUCUGUGCCACGCCCCCCUACGACGGCAACCUCACCCGCUACUACAAGCACCCAGCGGACUUUUGCUUCAAGCUGCCCGACCACGUCACCAUGGAGGAAGGCGCCCUGCUCGAGCCUCUGUCCGUGGGCGUGCAUGCCUGCAAGCGGGCGGAGGUCACACUGGGCUCCAAGGUGCUCAUCCUGGGAGCAGGACCCAUCGGCCUGGUCACUCUAAUGAUCCUGAUCACGGAUCUGCUGCAGGAGCGCCUUGACGUUGCCAAGGAGCUGGGCGCCACCCACACGCUUCUGCUGAAGCGGGACCAAACCGCCGAGGAGACGGCGGAGCUUGUCCGCCAAAAGAUGGGCGGGCAGCCGGACAAAGCGGUCGACUGCUGUGGUGCGGAAAGCAGUGCCCGUCUGGCCAUCUUUGCCACUCGUUCCGGAGGAAUUGUUGUGGUGGUGGGCAUGGGAGCUGCUGAGGUCAAGCUGCCUCUGAUCAAUGCCCUGGCCCGUGAAGUGGAUAUCCGUGGAGUCUUCCGCUACUGCAACGACUAUGCCGCUGCGCUGGCCUUCGUAGCAUCUGGAAAGGUGAACGUAAAGCGACUGGUGACCCAUCAUUUUGACAUUAAGGAAACGGCAAAGGCGUUCGAGACCUCGCGAAAGGGACUGGGUGGCGCCAUCAAGGUGAUGAUCCACGUGCAGCCCAGGGAUACCAACAAUCCUCGAAAAUUCUAAAAACAUGUAUAAGCCGACAAAUAUAUAUAGCAUAGAAAACACAGUA